AUGGCGAGACAACAUCUGCAGACCAAGACUAGACGACAAAAAGAAUACUACGACCGGAAGUCAUUCGGUACACCAGUAAGACCAGGAGAUCGUGUUUGGCUACGGAUGGAAACACUGACCCCAGGAAUGCCGAGAAUGGAANCAUACGAGAUACAAGAGACUGUUUCAGACUGCACGUGUUACACCCGCUCGGUCAAAAGACCAGAACAACGAGCAUUUGUAGUGCAUUUUAAUCGUCUUAAGCCAGAUGAGACUGUGGAGCAACAGGAGGCCCAUGGAGGGUUAGUGAUAGCAGAAGAAUGCGAGGUACCAGCUGAGGGUGGUGUUGGAACCACACUGAGGACAGUGCUGCGAUCGGAGGAGGGGAGUGGUGUUGGAGAUGACUGGGGGCAGUCACCUUGA